UCAAAGCUGUAAAAAUACCGUUGGGUUUGCGCCUGGGGUCGCGUGGUAUCCUCCACGUUAUAUUACGUGAGCAUCGUGCAUUUUGGUCUGAAGAAAACUUUUAAGGUUUUUGGCAGUGUUUCUUAUUGAGUGAGCUGCUGGAAUCCAGCAAGCAAGUGUGCAAUAUAAGAUAAUAUUAAAGGCUUUCUUAGCCGGGUGAUAAAAAGUGACAUCAUUUUACGUGUUGAAGUGAGAUGUCCAAGAGAGGUGCUGACAAGCAGCUGACGCAUGACAACUGGGACGAAGAGGACAGCGAGACCGACGGCCAGGGCCAGUUCCAGUCGGCCUCAGAGGAAGUACUCAAGAAACGUGUGAUCAAGAGGGCCCGUCGCAGGGUCAACCACUCCGACAGCUCGGGAGCGACAGCCAGUCCGUUCGCCGCUUUCUCCGGGUUCGGCACCGCCUCAAAAACGGCCGACUCAAGCAACCCGUUCGGCUUCUUGGCAGCAGCCAAGGAGCCGCCGUCGUCGCCGGUGGCGUCGGCGGGACUGUGUCGGCCGCCGCUGCGCUCGGCCGGAAGCAGCCCGGCGUCGGAGCCGUCCCGGCCGUCCGAGUACCACCGCCAGCUGCAGGCGCUCAACCGCAGCCUGCUCAGCUGGCUGCAGACGCACGUCGAGAAGAACCCGCUGUGCAUCCUGACGCCCGUCUUCCGCGACUACGAGACGCACCUGCAGUCGAUCGAGCGUCGGUUCGGGCCGAGUCAUGCCGGCGGCGCCUCACCGGCCGCCUCGCCGGCCGCCGCUCCGGUGCCGCGCGCCUCGGCCGCCGCGACUCCGGUCAGCGCUGUCAAGCCGGCCGCCGGCUCUGGCUUCAGCUUCGGCCUGGGCGCCGGGAAGGCGGAGGGUGCGACGACUUCGCCGUCGGCCAGCUCCGGCUUUGGCCUAGAGAAGGCUGGCGACGCUAAGGCGAUUUCAUCGCCGGCGAGCUCUGGCUUUAGCUUUGGGAAAGCGCCAGAUGCCGGCGCCAAGCCGACGGCCGGCUCUGGCUUCAGCUUCGGCCUGAACGCCGGGAAAGCGGCGAAUGCGGCGACGAGUUCGCCUUCGACCGGCUCUGGUUUCAGCUUUGGUCUGCCGACGGGCAAGGCGGCGCUCACCACUCCCAGUUCGCCUCCCGCCAGCUCUGGCUUCAGCUUCGGCCUGAACGCCGGAAAGACAACCGGUGCGGCCUCUGACUCGGUUCCGGCUGCCGCAGGCACUGGAGGCUUCUCCUUUGGAUUCCAAUCGGGCGGCCAGGGCGGCGCUGCGGCCCCGAGCGCUGAAGCCGAGGAGGAGGCGGAAGAGCCGCCCGUGCCUGUCGUCUCCACAGUCAAGGAGGACGACGCCGUUUACUCAAAGCGGUGCAAGCUGUUUUACAAAAAGGACGGGUCUUUCGUGGAGAAGGGAGUCGGCAUGCUGUACCUGAAGCCAUGCUCCGAUGGGAAGACGUUCCAGUGUUUGAUCCGUGCCGACACCAACCUGGGAAACAUUCUUCUCAACAUUAAACUUAACAAGUCGAUCCCGACGCAGCGCCAUGGCAAGAACAACGUGAUGAUGGCGUGCGUGCCGAACCCGCCGCUGGACCCGAAGGUGACUAGCUCGGCGCCGGUGCCGAUGCUGGUCCGGGUCAAGACCGCCGACGACGCCGACGAGCUGCUCGCCCAGCUGGAGCAGCACAAAGCAUAGCUGCGCGUCGCCACCCGCUCGCUCGCUUGGUCGACCGUUUUAUCAAUACAUUUCACCACAUUGC